UCGCUAUAUGUCAGCACAUGCUACUGUCAGUAAAGAUUCGUUUCCGUUUGUGUCAUAUGAUCAAUUUGUGGAUUGAUAUUGAAUUGUAGGGAGUGUCUCGAAUUUAUAGUUGCAUCUUAGAAAUAAAAAUGUUGAAAACACUCGUCUGCUUCGUAGCUGCUUUUGUUGCAGUAAAAGCAAAUGGGGAGUUUCUAGUACUUCAUAGUCCAAGUACUGUUCAAUUCAAUGGAAAAGGAGAAGUAAAUCAGAGCCUGCUUACUGAAGUAUUUACAGCUGCUUUAGGUUACACUGCAAAGCUAAAAGGAACAUGGGAUGGCAUGUCCAUCACAGAUCCGUUCAACCUUGCAGAAGCUGUAGUUGUAAUAUCUAUAGAAGGAAUAUAUUCUUUGAAUACAUCGAAAGGUACAACAUUUCCACUAAAUGUUAACGAGGGUGAAGAAACUACGUGGCAAGCUUUAAGACAACGUCUUGAUGAAAGAGAUGAUGAUAAUAUGUUAGUAAGAAUCAAUUUGAGUGAUGGAAUUGAUGCUUUGGGACAGUCUGCACUUGGAGAAUUAAAACCAACUCCUAUUGAUGAGACAUCUUUAAAAGCACUAAACUUAAGAAAGGAAGAAGAUAGGAAAUUCCUUGAAGAAGUGCAACUGUUGCACGCUAUUGCCAAAAAAGCACCUUCUGCUAUUAAACCAGAUUCUAAGCCUGAUAUUUAUUGGUUAGUUGUAUCUGGGUUGCAACCUAUUUUUGAUGCAUAUGGGAAUAAUUCAACUACAUCAAAGGAAGCUUUAUCUUUGCUGAAUAAUGCCUUGAAUGUUAUUAGUGAUGCAUUCAUUCAAGCUUAUGAUGGCCAGGUGUUAAUUGUGGCCACCACAAAUGAUGCAAGUAAGGUACAUCAUAUCCGUUCUGUCACUCUGGGAAGGCAAAGACGAGAUACAGCAACGCAAAAUGAACAUCAAGGUGAAGAAAAAAAAAUAGAAGAAGAAGAGGAUUCAGAUUCAAAUAUCGGUAGUACUACAGAAUUCGACAGUCUCACAAGAAAUUCUACUGCAAGUAGUGAUAGUGGAGUCACUGAAUCUGAUCAGGAUAACAGUAAUAUGGGCCAUAACACAAACUCUAACACAAAAAUUAUAGGACAGGUCCAGAAUCUUUCGAAAAAAUACUCGCCGAAUUAUCCAGUCAUCUUUAACAUUUUUUUGUGGUUUGGAAUUAUUUUCGUUUUUUCACUUCUAGCUAUUUGCAUUGCCAUUUCUGAGAUGGAUCCAGGACGCGACUCCAUAAUAUACAGAAUGACUUCCAACCGUAUGAAGAAAGAUAAUUAAAUGUAAAUACAAGUUAAUAAUAUCCAAAUUAAAACAGUUUGUAUACAUAUUAGCUGUACUUAAACCAACUCGACAUUCAUGAACUUGACAGUCAUGAACACGCAUAAUUGUAUGAUAGUAAUAUAACGGCUAUUAUAAAAUAUUGAUGUACACGCUGUUGUAUCAUAUAUGAAGUGAACAGUCCGUUGAAAUAUCCUUUUGUUGUACAUUUUCUAGAACUAUUAAGUAACCGUAUUGAAUUCGUGUAUAGUAAUAUGUAAAAAUCUAUUUACUAUAGUUUAAGUUUAAUAUAAGUAAAUGCAGAUAAUAGUAAAUAUCAAUACAUGUUCAUCAUAUAGUUACGAAGUAAAAGUAUGAAAUCGCAUACGUAUUUAUCAAAUCCUGAUAUUUGGAUUAUUUUCAAUCAUUGUGAUUAUAAAAAUACAUAAAUAAUGUAAUUUCAUAUUUCAUUUAUAUACUGUUAAUUAAUUUUGAGUUGCCUAGGGAUAUAA